CUCAAAUUUCCCAGCCUCGACGAGGGAUAACGUAACAUAGUAAUGGAGCCUGAUUCAGGUUGCUAGGAGCAGCCUGGAACUGCAUCUACUAUCGUCUGCGGGCGCUGUGGUAUAGAGAAACCAGCGAGCGACUUCGUAAACAGGAGGAAGCCUUCGGGACCACUAACGCGCAACUGUCAAGGCUGUCGAGGGCAGCGAGAUACGCAGGUAGAGUUUUUAUCACCCUUUACUUAUUAUGGCCAAAUCUAACCUCCCUAAGCAUUAUCGUGCCCAAGGCGCUAUUCAGUCGCUGCGGAACGUUCUUUCAAUUCGUCCCUCACCGAGCAAACCAGCCUUAAAGCGAUCAGAUAAUAAUGCUAACCUAUCCCCACCCAGCAGACUAGUGUCUGGACCUCAGUCGCCUACAGAGCUGCGGAAGCGCACUGCCAGACAGCUGUUUCCCGCGCCGGUUUCUUUCCCGAGAGUAGACCUAGGUACGCCCGUUCUAGGCCAAUUCGAGAAGCAGUCUUCUCGUGAUCAGUCUCUACAGCUAGUGCUGGGUACGCCUAUAAUAAGCUAAGGUCAGUCCUUCCGUGCGCAGUCUUCGCAUGGCUUCACCUCCUUAACACCUGAGCAA